UCUCGUAAACGUAACACACGUAUAUAACUGUGUGAUUGUAUUACAAUCGUAUACGUUGUUUUAAUGAAAAUACAUUUAACAUAUAUAUUUUUAUUAUUUAUAAUUAAAAUUGUUGAAAACCAAAUGAAAUAUUUAAGAAAGCAUAUUUUCUCUUUUAUUUACAUUUGGGAAGGUUAGGUAAGUAGCACAUAUAUACUGUAAUAGUAUAUAGAGAAAACCCGACUGCGGCGCAACGUCUUGCGGCUGCAAGUUGCAGCGUGCCGAUAAAAAGCUAAGUGAUUGGUUAUUUUUCGCUUAUGUACUUAUUGUACGAUUAUAUAUAAACAGUGCAACUGCAGUUCGUUAUUUAAGGUUGUGUACCUGCUUGUUUUAGAUAUGUUUCAAACUUUAAGUACAUUCGAUACACAACUUUACGCGGACUCUGUGGAAUGGUGUCCCAUAGAACCAUUCAAAGACUUAUUUGUAUGUGGGACGUAUCAACUGAUAGUAUCAACAGAAAGUAUUUCGAAGAAAAAAUCAAAAUCAAGUAGACGUUUAGGCAGAAUAUAUUUGUUUCAAGUCAUUAAAGAUGGUAGUAUGAAGUUGUUGCAACAAUUAGAAACAGAAGGGGUAUUGGAUAUGAAAUGGGCUCACGUUACGUGUAAUCAAAAAAUAUUGUUAGGCGUUGUUAAUUCGUUAGGCUAUUUGCAAAUUUACCAAUUACAAAAUGGAGAUGACGAAAUAUUAAAAUUAAUGACAGAAUUGAAAGUAAACGAUCAGAAGGAAGAAAUUCUAGCAUUAUCCCUCGACUGGUCUACAGGAAAAUAUUCUUGCGAAAAUAAUUCCAUAGCUAAUAUAAUAGUUAGCGAUUCUACUGGUGGCAUAACUUUAUUCGAGUUACAUAAUGACCAAAUGAAAAUUCUAACGUCAUGGUUAUCUCAUGAAUACGAAGCAUGGAUAUCUGCUUUCGAUUAUUGGAAUGUAAACGUAAUAUACACUGGUGGAGACGAUUGUAAAUUUCAACGAUUUGAUAUAAGAACAGGAAAGAAGUUUACCAUGAGCAAUAUGAUCCACACUGCUGGUGUUACUAGUAUUCACAGUAAUGCUGAUAAAGAACAUCUAUUAGCAUCAGGAAGUUAUGACGAAAAAUUACGUUUAUGGGAUACGAGAAAUUUCAAGAGACCGAUUUCAGAAACGAAUUUACACGGUGGUAUUUGGCGUUUGAAAUGGGAUCCUUUCGCGCGUCGAUCUCUAUUGGCAGCUUGCAUGUACGGUGGAUUUAAAGUAAUCGAUUGUCAGAAUAUUGAGACGCCUUCCAUCGUUGAUGAAUAUAAUAACCACGAAAGUUUAUCUUACGGAUGCGAUUGGUCAUUCCUUUCGCGUCAAUGUAUCAUGGAACGAGCUAUAUUUCAAACGAACGAGCAAAACUUAGGAUUAGCGUGUACAUGUACAUUUUACGAUCAUGAUUUAAAACUUUCUGUAGUACGUUUGACUGAAGAAUAAUCAAAUUAUGUAUAUUUAUAAUUAUUACAAAUGUAUACUAUAUACAUCGACAUUUCAUAUAUUACAACAUAUUUAUAUACGAACAUAUUCUAGAAACGUCUUUUGAAAAGAUUUUCUUAUAAACAUUUACAUUUCCUCUCUUAACGUUAGUUUCGAUGACAACCGCGAGUUGGCGGAGAUGUAACAUUUUGUAAUUUCACAUAUUACAAAUCGACGAUAAUUUUGUUACACUUUUAAAAUUCUCAUAGAUAUCAUAUAAAUCUUAAACUUAAUUAAUAAAUUCGAAACAAAUUCUUGGAUAUAAACAACGAUAGACAAAAGUAUGAAACAAAACACAUCAAUAUCUUUAUGCGCGAGAAGUUGGAGAAAAAAAAGAAAGAAUUACGUCGAUUAGUUCGACAAGAUGCCGCUAGAUGGGAGUGCGGCGGAGGCGCGAUCCGCAUUUCGCCGCGGCUAGUUCGAUAAAAAUCAGUCAUAGCCAAGAAGGGGCUGUUUUGAUGUCUGUCUGUCGCUCGACUACAUUUAUUCCUGUUUGAAGGAAAUUAGUGCGUGAUUUACGAGGUGUAAAUUGUUGAUCUAUAGAUCACGGAUUUUUCAUAAUCUCCGAUCGUCCAUCAAACGAGUCAGGAAAAAGAAACGUUCGCCGGUUCCUUC